AUGGCCAGUCCAACCGACAGUCUAGCCCCUAAGGGCCCCAAACGUCGCCUACGCGCAGCGGUGUUGGCCCUGGAUGUGGGCAUGACCGCGACCCGGGCGUGCCUCCUGACUCUGGACAGGGACGACGCCCCGGCCAUAAUAGCGAGCGAGGGGAGCAAACGGGUGACAGGGCAAGGGUACUGUGACUGCGACUUCCCCUCUACCGCCUUCCCGUUCGACCCUGUCCCAAAGCUCGAGGACUGCCUCGGCUAUGGUGCUGAAGCGCGGUCCAUGUCGAUACCCCUGAAGCUGUACUGGAUCGCCGUCGAGGGGCGCAACCUGCAGAGCCGAAAACACCAUGGCGAAGUCCGAAAGCUUCGGAAGCUCUUCCCUCCUAUCAGCGACCUGUUCCGGGAGGUGAACAGCAAGAAAAGGCAGGGGCGGCAUAAGGCGGAUUAUCAGCGCGACGUGUUUUCGCGCCUGCGCCAGAUUUUCAUUGCCCAUCUUAAGCAGGUCAAGAGACAAGCCGAAACGCGGGCGUACUUUGAGAACUACGAGGUGGUCGCCGUCGCGGCCACGCUGCCUCCCGCGUGGACCGCCAAGACUCAGGGAAACUACCUGAAGCUGCUCCGAGAGGUCUGGGAGGAUAUUCCAGCGGACGACUUCCACUGGCUGGAAGAGUCCGAAGCGAUUGGGCAUUACCUGUUGCGAAACAACAGCGUCCAACCGGAAGACAGGGGGACGAUUGACACGUUUCUCUUGAACAACUUUGGCGGCCACACAAUGAGCUCCUACACGUUCGAGCUUGUCUGGCAAAAUGACGGCUCAAACGCCUCCUUCUUCACCACUUCCAACUCUACCUGCACGUACGGAGGUUCGGAGAUGCACACGCUCUUGGUCAAGGAACACAUCCAAGAACAAAUCGAGCAGCGCAACCUCAAGUUGACUGAUGAGGAGAGGCAGCACCUUAUGAAGAAGUGCCUGGAGUAUUACCGGCAUAAUCUGAGGGAGGACCUGACGGACGAGAGCUUUACGGUCCGGGGAAGCAGGACCAGGAACGGAAAGGACCUGGAGUUUGAGCUCAGCGCGGAGACAUGCCGGCGGUUCUACGCCGUUUGCUUCGGUAAGCCGCUCCAACACUUGUUCGAGAAGAUUGACGAGCAUGCGCGCACCCAUACGAUGGUGGUUCUGUCAGGGGGAAGCUUUCUCAACAAAGUUGUACUUCUUCAAACGAAGGCCAAGAUUGUAAAAGCGCGUAUGAAGUUCAUUGAGACAGACGGCGUCCGGGAUGCGGGCAACAGGUCCGCGAUUGCCUGCGUCGGAGCCGCACUCGCUCUCAGACACGCCAUCACGGUCCGUGAGUUCAUGGACGGGGCCGUCUUCGCCGUCAAGGACGCCACGUCUGCGAAGUUUUCGACAGCCCUCGCGAUACUAGAUCGGGGCGUGGGCGUCACGGACAGGUACGGCCCGAUCUUUGAUCUCAACACAGCAAGUGAGAUUGUCUGUGGCCCGUUUCACCCACCACGCGGGCGGCGCCCUGUAGGCGGCUCCGGGCGCAGCCAGGGCAGAAUCGUACACGAGGUUCAGCUCCAAAAGGCAUAUGUUUUCCACAAGCUCGGCAAGUAUGGGUGCAAGGGCAAGUGCACAGUCGCUCUCAGGUACGAGCCGGAGAACGAGGAGCACACCGACCAGCUGGUCAUGACGAUCACCCCUCGCCGGGGUGGUCUUGGCUGCAGCGUGACGCGGACGAUUCCUAUCUUCUACUGCCCCGGGUCGUGCGUGGUAUUCGUGGACCAGGACAACUACAACGCGCGACAAGAGGACGGCGACGGUGUCCCGGCCCGAGGACGGCGGAACGCGGUAAGCAAUGGACGCACCGAGCAAGAUGAACUGGACGAACAGAACGGCCCGGACGAGACCGAGGACGAGACCCAGGUCAGGGACGGCCAUCAAGAGCUCGCCGUUGAGAAUGAGCAUGCGCCGAAAGACGACAUGCCCCCGCUGUUGUAUCUCUCGAAGAGGCCCCUUCAGAACUCGUGCUUACUGUUGACUCGACCAAACGGCGAGACCGCAUCAAAAGACGAGGCCGCAUCAGAAGACGAGGCCGCAUCAGAAGACGAGGCCGCAUCAGAAGACGAGGCCGCAUCAGAAGACGAGGCCGCAUCAGAAGACGAGGCCGCAUCAGAAAGCAGGCCGACCCCGACGACGAGCAUCGCCAGCUCAGAGACCCCAAAGGCCCUACCGUCCGCGGCCAAGACAUCAUAG